AUGGAGGAAAACUAUAUCAUCGAACCUCUUGAGGAAGAUGACGAGCUGGUAGCCGGUGGCACAUCGGACUACGCCUCCAGCGACGGUGAGACCACCUUCGGCUCGCUCACUUCGAGUGUGAGCGGACAUGUAUGGGAAUAUGGGCGACGAUAUCAUGCGUACCGCUACGGGAGAUACCCCGUUCCCAACGAUGAGGAAGAGUACAAGCGUGAAGCGUUGCGACACAACAUGCUCAAGGAGCUUUUGGGCGGCAAGUUGUUCAUGACACCCAUCAGAGACAACCCCCAGAAGAUUAUCGACUUAGGGACGGGCUUCGGCGAGUGGGCCAUCGAAGUUGCGGAAAAGUUCCCAAGUGCUCGCGUGACGGGAGUAGACCUCUCUCCCAUUCAACCACAUUGGCUUCCGCCCAACGUGGAUUUCAUCGUCGACGACAUUGAGGACGAGUGGAUGCACGCCAACGACUUUGACUUUGCCCAUCUUCGAUUUGUCAGCACUUUCUUGAAGGACAACACCGCGCUUAUGAAGAGAAUCUUUAGCAACCUCAAACCAGGCGGAUGGGUUGAAAUCCAGGAUCUCUACCCUGACCUGCGCUCCGACGACGACACGAUCCCCCCAGACCAUCCUAUGAUUAGGUUCCACCAAAUGGUACAGCCCGUUUUGCUCGAAAAGUACGGGUUCGACUUAUUUGUACCGACUCGCCUACCCGCUCUUCUCGAGGAGCUCGGAUUCGUCAACAUCCAGCGCAAAGUAUUUCACAUGCCCUUCGGGGAAUGGGCGCGAGACCCGCACCUCCGCGUCAUCGGUGGCUACUGCCGAGAAAUCCUACUCGACUUUGUUGCCGCUAUGGCCGCGCGACCUCUCGUGGAAGCUGGCUUCGAUAGGGAGGACAUCGCCGACCUCGUCCGGGACGCUACGCAGUCGGCCUCUAACCGACGUAUCCAUGCUUACUACCCGAUUCACAUUGUCUGGGCCCAAAAACCGCCGGCUUGA